GUUUCCAUUUGAUGUUGAGACAAGGACAAGCUACAUCAUCGUCUCGCUACAGUAAAGCAGCACCACAUUUCAAGCUUUACAUCUCCCGCACUACUUGUCCUGCUUCAAUGGUCUUACCCUCCCCACCUCCCGUCCCUUCCACCUCAACUAUCUCGCCCCAAGGGAAACAGCCAAAAUGACGGAGCUAUCCUUCGCAAAAUCUUUCCUCACGACCCUCGACGCAAAGCCUAGCAAGAUCUCCGCCGAGCAUGUCGAAGACCCCAAAACCUACCCUGCUCGCGGGGCUUACAUCCUCCCCAAAGCCUCCCUCCCCCUCUCCAAAAAGAUCCGCCUCACACCAGGCACCGAACCCUCCCUCUCCGUCACCCUGAAAUCCCUGCGUAACCCGCCUCUUGACAUCACGUUUCCCUCGCUACCUUUAUCAACCUCGAUCCUCUCUCUCAAAGAAUCGAUUUCGGAGCAGAGCGCGAUACCAGUAAGUAAGUUGAGGUUAUUGUGGAAUAAGAAGCCGGUGGGUGAUAGUAAGACUCUCAAAGAUGUGGUUGGUGACGAGGGGGCGAAGGGAGGGAAGGUCGAGCUUGGGGUUAUGGUUAUUGGUGGUGCAGGGGCGGUGAAAAGGGAUGGGGAAGAGGUAGAGCCGGUUGUUGUUGGGCAUGGCGCAGAGACACUGAGGGGUGAGGAGUUUUGGACUGAUCUGAGGGGCUUUUUGGUGGCCAGGCUGAAGGAUGAGAAGGAGGGCGAGAGGAUAUGGGGGGUUUUCAGGAAAGCUGUGGAGGCGGAGAAGUGA